UAUGCCAAUAGUUCGAUAUAUUCGAGCAGAACCACUGGCUGCUUGCGGCUGUUUAUAUAAACAAAACAAAUUAACAUUUAAAAUGGCUGCUCGGAUGGUGCAACGCUGUCUGCACACAGCGCAGAACUGUCUAAGAGCUCGCGUACCGCGUCGUGCCAAUCCCGGACUUGGCUAUCAGCUGCAACAGCUGCAGGAACACGAACGGCCAACAGCGACGCCCGAAGCCAGCGAGGAUUAUGGCGAUCUGGAGUCGGAUUUCAUGGACGUGCAGAAGACCCAUCGACAGCAUGAGGUGCAACAGCAGGCGCAGCGCGAUCGUGUGCGUCAGUUUAUGAUCAAACACAAGUACUUUCGGGAUGUCAAGCUCCCCAAUUUGCUGCUCCAUGCGGAAAAGGAGCAAAUGCGUCUGCUGCACGAACAGCGGCCGGAUGAGUGGAGCAUCGAACGUUUGGCCGAGAGUUUUCCCGCCACCCCGGAGAUUGUCCAGAAGGUAUUGCGCGCCAAGUGGCGGCCGAGGAAUGUGCCCAGGAUACGCGCCCACGACGAGAGUGUCAUGCAGAACUGGCAACAGCUGCGGCAGGGUAAAUGUGAUGUGGCCAUACCCUCGGCGUUUCUGCAGCACUUGGAGAAGUUUUCGGAGCGACGACAGCAGGACUUGAAGCAACUAAAGCCCGAGGAGUGGCCCACGAAACCGGCACUUCCUGUGCCACGGGGAACUGAGUUCCGGCAGCUGCUGGGUAAUGGAAAACAGACCAAAGAGAGCCCUAAUCUUCCACAGCUGCCAUCAGGCUAUGCUCCGCCACCCGCAGCAGCAGAAGAUGAAACUUAUUUGCUGGACAAAGUGCGCAAUAAGCGAAAGAUGCGUCUGCAGGAGCUCAAGCAGCUGCAGCUUGUGCCCGCCGUGUCAGAGGCAGCGCCCCAAACGCCGCCAAGCAAUCCCAGCGGCACGGGUUUCCUCUCCAGCUACGUGCAAAAGUUCGAGAGCAGCGAAAUAGUGAUCAGUGUGGCGGAUCAGCGACGCUACGAGAUGACCAAAGUCAAGGAUCGCAUUGUAAUACCACGAAAACUGCAUCGUCCGGGUGCCACCUACCGCGUGGAGGAUGCCUACUACGAUGACGAUGGAGAGCUGCUGUAUCGCGUGCCCGGCAUGAAGGGCGGACAUGGUGUCUGACUUUUUAUUACAAAAUUCCCGUAUAAAUUGUAUAUAAAAUGAAGAGAGAG